CUCCCAGCGCCCCCCGCGCAGUCCGCGAGCGGAGCGGACGAGGCCGCGAGUGUGGACUCGGCGGCUCCCUCUCCCCCCCGCCAGGCCUUGCUUGGUCCGCGCAGGCUUCUCUCCCCGCAGGGGCGGGCCCGCUUUGCGGCUUUUCUCAGCGUUCGAAGGUUUCCUGAGGACGUCCGGGGCCGCCUUGGGCCAGAAGAGUGGUGGCCUCGGACAACGCCGGCCCCCCACCAGCCACCCGCAGCGGCCUGGGAGCGCCGUCGCGCCCCGAGCCUCGCACCCGGGAACGGGCGGGGCCUGCACACCCGGCCCCACCCACUCGGCGCCUCGCUUCCCGGGAACCUGACCCGGGGUGUCUGACACACCCCCUCCUGAAGGGCUGUCCGACCCCGCCCUUCAGUCCUGGGUCCCCUUGAUUUUCUCCCAGCCUUCUAGCCUCGCCGUUUCCGACCUUGCACUAAAAGAUGCAGCCUGGGAAACCACAUCGCGGGGACACGUCCUGUUUGGAGAAGAGGCCCAGUUUGGGGACCUCAGGGUACAUGUUCACCUUUUCAAGGGUCUAGGAUAGAUUUGAUUAAUCAGCCUGGUGUAUCCUGUGCCUGCUGCUGCCUUCACUUCCCUGCCUUCCCACACUUCCAGAACCAUUAGCAGGGAGUUCUCGAGGUUUUGUUUGAGUCUCCUUUGAGCUCGACGUGAGGCUGACCCCUGGCUUAGAGCAUGGCUGCAUCCCUGGACCCUCAGAUCCACGCGUCUCUGGAAGCUGAGGGAUGCCUAAUCAUGAAGGUGGAAAAAGAGCCCGAGUGGGCAUCGGAGCCCAUUCUGGAAGGCUCGGACGGCUCUGAGUGUGAGACCUUUCGCAAAUGCUUCAGGCAAUUCUGUUAUGAUGAUGUGACUGGACCCCAUGAAGCUUUCAGUAAACUCUGGGAACUUUGCUGCCGGUGGCUGAAGCCAGAAAUGCGUUCCAAGGAGCAGAUCCUGGAGCUGCUCGUGAUUGAGCAGUUUCUCACCAUUUUACCUGAGAAGAUUCAGGCGUGGGCACAGAAGCAGUGUCCGGAAAGUGGAGAGGAGGCGGUGGCCCUGGUAAUACAUUUGGAGAAAGAGAAUAGAAGACUAAGACAACAGGUUAGUAGUCCUGUGCACUCAGAGAAGCAAGUCCCAGUUGGAGCAGCGUGGGAGGUGGCAGACUUUGAGCCAGAGCAGGUGGAGACCCAACCCAGGCUGAUGUCUCAGGAGGAAGUUGAACGCCUUCACUCAGGACACCAGGAGCCGCUGAACCAAAAGAGAGAACUUCGGCCUUUACCCAAGAAUGCUCAGCCUUCUCCCUGGGUUCCUGCUCCUGCUGAUGAUUGGAACACCAUGGCUCAGGAAGUAACAGCCACACAACUUCCUGUUGGGUCCCAGAGACCAGGGAAAGAUAUCCACAUGGCAAGAGGUUUUCCCUACAAAAAGAGUGUGCAUCAGAUUCCUGCUCACAGAGACCUCUGCGGGGAUAUUAGAAAGGAGAGUGUUGGGAACAUGGUCUCCCUGGGAAGUACAGUGACAACAUCUAACAAGAUCCCCCGGGUGGAGCAAAGAAAGGAGCCAUGGACCAUAGGUCUGCAUUCCUCUAGUAAGAGGAAUAUCCUACGAAGCAGCUACGUCAAGGAAAAGCCAGUUCCUGCUCUUCAGGUCCCUGCAAGGAAUGCAGGGAAAACCUGGAGAGAACAGCAGCAGUGGGGUUUGGAAGAUGAAAAAAUAGCAGGUGUGCAUUGGAGUUACGAGGAAACAAAGACUUUUCUUGCCAUCCUCAAAGAGUCUCGCUUUUAUGAAACCCUUCAGGCCUGUCCCCGAAACAGCCAGGUAUAUGGUGCUGUAGCGGAAUGGUUGCGAGAAUGUGGCUUCCUCCGAACGCCAGAACAGUGUCGGACCAAGUUCAAGAGUCUCCAGAAGAGCUAUCGAAAAGUGAGAAAUGGCCACGUGCUAGAACCCUGUGCCUUCUUUGAAGACAUGGACGCUCUCUUGAACCCCACAGCUCAUGCUUCAUCCACGGAUAAGCCAAAGGAGAUUCUCUCUCUCCCCAGACUAAAGAGGAUCAGUAUCAGUGCUAAAGAACGGAUCAACCUGGUGGAGGAAGAAGAUGCUGCAGAAGAAUCUGAUGGGGAUGAGAUGGGCGUUGAGUUUAUCCGGAAGUCUGAGCUUCACGGUGCUCCUGUCUUAUUUCAGAACCUGAGUGGUGUGCACUGGGGCUAUGAGGAAACCAAGACUUUUCUUGAGAUCCUCCGUGAGACUCGGUUUUACGAAGCGCUGCAAGCCUGUCAUCGAAAGAGCAAGUUGUACGGGGCUGUGGCCGAACAGCUGCGAGAGUGUGGCUUCCUCCGGACGCCGGAACAGUGCCGGACCAAGUUCAAAAGCCUUCAAAAGAGUUACCGCAAAGUGAAAAACGGUCAUGUGUUGGAAUCCUGCGCCUUCUACAAGGAGAUGGACGCCCUGAUUAACUCUCGGGUGCCUGCCCCUCCCGCUGGCACCCCAGAAGAAGUCCCAUCACCCUCAUUUCAAGAGAGAGAGGACAUUGAGAUUGAACCCCAGGAACCUGUGGGCUGGGAACCUGAAGAGGCCUCACAGGAGGCAGUAGUUGAAGAUUCCGGCAGCGAGAGAAUGAGUGAGGAGGAAAUUGUACAAGAGCCAGAGUUCCUGGGACCUCCAGGGCUGCUGCAAAGCCCGCAUGAUUUUGAAAUUGGAAGUAGUUUCAACGAAGAUGCAACACAGGUAAUCUAUAAGGACCUGGAACAGCACAGGGCAUUAAUAGAAAAGGCCAAAAGGGUUGUUUCCCAGAAUGCUGAUCCAGGCAAACAUCACAAAAGAGAAUGCAUCUCAGGAAGACAGUGGGAAAACCUUCAAGGAAUCAGACAGGGAAAACCGAUGGCUCAGCCUAGAGACUUGGGGAAAGCUGUAGUGCAUCAGAGGCCUUUCCUGGGGAAGAGGCCCUACCGACUUCUCAGGUACGGAGAAGGCUUCGGGCGGAGUGCCCGCCUUCUGUGCCGGAUGCCCCAUCAGAAGGAAAACCCUUACAAGUGUAGCGUCUGUGGGAAGUGCUUUGGUAGGAGCAGGAGUCUAAUCAGACACCAAAGAAUCCACACAGGAGAAAAACCUUUUAAGUGUCUCGACUGUGGGAAAAGCUUUAACGACUCCUCCAACUUCGGCGCCCACCAGAGAAUCCACACGGGAGAGAAACCCUACAGAUGCGGCGAGUGCGGGAAAUGCUUUAGUCAGAGCUCGAGUCUCAUUAUUCAUCAAAGAACCCACACUGGAGAGAAGCCCUAUCAGUGCGGGGAGUGUGGGAAAAGCUUUACCAACAGUUCUCAUUUCAGCGCCCACCGGAGAGUCCACACCGGCGAGAAUCCCUACAAGUGUGCGGACUGCGAAAAAAGCUUCAAUAACUGCACAAGAUUUCGAGAACAUCGGCGGAUACACACCGGUGAGAAGCCCUACGGAUGCGCCCAGUGUGGCAAACGUUUCAGCAAGAGUUCUGUUCUCGCCAAACACCGGGAGGUUCACACCAGAGAGAAGCUCCUGCCCCACCCUCCAGCUCUGUAUUCCCCCGAGAACCCACAGAAGGGAAAGACUGACCAGUUCAGGACAAGUUUUUGAUGAUGAGCCCUUCCCACAUGUCCCUUUAGCUGCUCUACCCUCAUCCCACUCUGGGAAGCAAUCUUUUCUUAGCUCUAAAGUGUGAGUAAGCUUGCGAGUAUAAAUAAAGACUUGGAUCCUGUUCUCACCUCCGCCUCUACCUCGAUCGGUCUGUUUCCCCCUUCUGUGUGUCUCAGCUUUUCCUUUAACACAGUGGGGAAGGUACAGCGUCAGAGUACAGAGUGAAGUUCCUUCAGCAGGCCGAGGCCAUGGCUAUGGGAUCUCUAAAUCCAGCAACAUCCAAAGCCUUCAGUGUGGGCGAGAGCCACUUCCAAGGAGAUAAAAAAUGCUCAGGUUUUUUCACUGUCUACCACGUGUGAUCCUGGGUGCAGCUUGAUCAUAGUGUUUUGUGUUUGCGUAGACCUUUCAGGAGUCUGAGAAGAUCCACCUCAGACCCAUCUUGGUUUUGAAGAUAUUCAAAAAAGGAGCUUGGAGAUUUUGUUGUUUCCUUCCGAAGCCUGCUGCAGCGUCCGUUUUCUACAUCCAGAAGUUGCUCUAAACGGCUGGGGUGGAAUCCCUGUGUUGUCACUGGAACCGUGCCUGGCCCUCCACAGAGAUGAGAAGCAACUAAUGACCAUCGUCCUUGAGAGACUCACCUUUUCUGUCCCUGAAGACUGAAUCCCCCCGUGGCUGUGGCUUCUCCAGCUGCUAAGUAAUCCAGUUCCUUUUCCUGUUUCUCAUAUGUCCCACACGUACCUCUUCAUGGUUCUGGGUGUCCUGUCUGACUCUUGUGAACCACCAUGGCCUCCUCAGAUUUGAAUCACCUGCAUGCUUGUGGUGUGUCUCACUAAAGGAGAAUUUCAGACACAUUCUAGUUCUGAGUGUGUAACUUCCAAGGUUUUCAUCUAGAAGAUGACCAUAGUGUUGGUACAUUUCCUGCCUCCCAACCACACACUUCAGUAUAACCACAUACAACGAUAGUUUUCUAAAACUCUAAGUGGAUAGGGAAGAAUCGAGGUAUGUUCCGUAUCCCCAAGACCAGUGGACCCCUCGGUCCUGUUUUAGGUCAGGUAGCCACCUUGGUCCAGACCAACACUCCAGGGCUGCUUGUUAAGGGUGCCAUGCUCUUUUCUGAGGCUUCUUGUCCCUGUUCACAGGAUCAUAAAUCUCCCUGGAGAGCCCUGAGGAACUGGGACCAUCCCAUGGCUCACUGAGUGAAGGUGCAAAUAUGUACAGAACCUUUCCGUCCAGGAUACUGUUUUUGUUUUCCUCAUUUAGAUGGUGGUCUGAAAAAUCUCUUUGAUCAUCCCCAGCAGUAGCCCAAUAAAUAUUGAAAGAAAGGUUCAGAUGAGGAGAUGGUUCAUUUCUGGACAUCACAGAUGAAAACCAGGAUUUGGGCAGCCAAGGCUGACUUCAGGAUGAGGCCAGUGGUAUUUAUCCCCUUCAUGUGAAGGUAACUUCAGGGGCUUGGAGGAGGGAGAAGUCCUAAGUUUCGUGGGAAGGUAACCAGGGUCAGAUUAUUCUUUUCAGCGUCUCUUUUCCUUCGUCAGAUGCUGUCUUUUUUGAGGACAUCUGACUAUGUUUGAAUCUUUUGAAACUUGUUCAACUAAGUCCCAAGGAGGGUAGGCAGUGGAGAAAGAAAUCCGGCUUAUGGUGCCAGAAUAGGGUGUGGCCUGUUGGAAGACAGGUGACUCAGGUAAACACUGAUAAAUGUUUCUUAUCUACACGUGUCAGACAUGUUACUGUUUGUUCACAUCCCAGUCGGUUGAUUGCCUUGGUGUUGUCUGAAUUCUAGGCUACUCAUGGUAAACGUAGUUUCAUGUUGGUCAUGUGCCUGCCGCAGUUACGGUGUGUGUGGUGCCAGUGGGUGUGUGCUUCUAUUGUGUAGACGGUCUGGAAUUCCAGCACUGGAGAAGAUGCGCAUUAGUAGAAACCACCACUUAGUAAUAGGUCCCCAGGAUUGAUAAUUAUAUCAAAGCAUGAUUCGGGAAAGUAGAUGAUUUACUCCUAAGUAUUUCUUAAGCACUGUUCUGUGUAAGGCUAUGUUCUAGGCACAGUGAGGGAUAUGAAAAUGAAAAAAAAGGCAUAGUGUCUGUGCUCAAGGAACUUGCAAUCUGAUGGAGGAAGUAUUGCAGCAAAGGCAAUGCCAGUUACCUUCAUGUCCGUUACAGAAGAUCAACAGUUUAUUCAUGAAAAAGUUACCUUCACCUGCAAAAAAGAAUCUUUCUAGUUGCCUAAGAUCACAUUCUGUACCUCGGUCUCUUCAGUUCCCCCACUGACAGGAAAGGCUCAAGACUCAUUCCCUCUCCAGUGGGACAGACUCAUUCCAUCUGUCUCAUAUGUCUGGGGUCAAGAUGAGGUGGAAUUUGGACUCCCUUCCCCAUACCCAGUUGUAACUGGGGUAUUUGAACGUGUAUUAAAUUUACUUAAUAAACUUCAUUUCUGCUUCUGAAGAAACAGAAAGUCUGAGUCCACCAUCUUAGACCAAAACUCUUUGUCAUCUAUCUUUUUUCAGGUGGACCAUGAAAUUUGAGAUGACCAUACCUCCUCUGAUUAAUGUGUCUCUGACAUCACGUAGCACUGCCUUUAUGAAGGUCCAUAGGAUAGUUUUUUCUUAGGGCUCAGUACUAGGGAAAACUCUGAUCCUAAAGGCAAAAAAAAAAAAAAAA